AUGAGACGACUUCAGCUAUUUGGCAGAGGCAGAGAUGAAGGGUACACUUCCAUUGAUUCAAAUCUGCAAAAGCCGAAAAUUAGAUCAUUUCACGACAAGAAGGCUCUAGAUGACAAUUCCCAGCUGCUUUCGCUACCCUCGAAGGUUCUCGAUCAAAUUCUGGAACUUUUGGACAUUCCGACUCUUCUAUCGCUAUGCCUCGUCAAUUCAAGAUUUUACGACAUCAUAAGUAACAAAUUUCUGUACCAGAAUGUUGUCUUAAAGGAUAAGCUGGCUUUGCUCAAGUUUGCAGCUCUGAUUCACUGCGAGUCUCAUACCACAGAGGCAUUGACGAAGUCCAGGGCCGGCGUGUCAUCUCAAAAUUUACGGUUUUUGGUACGGUCUGUGGAAUUCAUGAAUCCUAUAUACCAGGACUCGAUUCUCAAAUACGGCAAAUAUUGUGGGAAGGAUCAGGUAUCGACAAUCGGUGGGUCUUACCGUCUGGCGACUGAUGACGUGCGCCAGGGAAUGCAAAGUAUGGCACGAGAAAAGUCUCCGGAACUUAGCUCGCGGUCUCCCUCGAUGGAAAGAGGCCGGUCUUUAGAUAACAAACAUCUGAGAGGCACUCAAAUUUCAUCUUCUCUUGGCAGACAAACCCAAUCGCCACUCCGAGCGUUUUUUGAUAUCUCGUCAACGUCACGAUCAAAAAUGAUGGCCAAAUACGAAAGUCACACUUACAUCGAGCUCAUGCUAGAUAUCAUUGACUUCUGCCCCAAUCUUACGCACAUUAUCUUGAGUGAUAUUCAACAAGGUUUCAAAAUACCACUUUGGUACUCGAUAUUAAACGACAAAUCCAGAGAUUUUUACAAUAGAAUUAUAAAAGGCCAGCAAUCUUUGAACAGAGCCGAUAUGAUGUCCUUCGAGUUAUCCGCCGAAUGGCUAUCGAGUUAUGCAGAAAAGUAUCAUAGCUUGCCCAGAUUCAAGAAAUUAGAGCUUCGAGCAGCGAAAGACAAACUGCCUGUACGACUGCGUUCGAACAUGUUAAGCUGCUUCGGUAUAUUCGAAGAGCUCAUAUUACAAAACAUGGCUAUUGACGCCGAGUCACUGGACACCCCUCUGGAAUACAUGCCACUUUAUAUGAAAGUUAGCGAAGGCGGAUUUUUAGACCUCCAUUUGCCAGUUACUUCUCUUUCGUUGGAUACAUGCGAGAUCGUCCCGGGAAAUGGGCUCAUGAAGUUGAUGUGCUCAUAUUUCAACAGAGUCAAGACUUUAAAAUUGCUAAACAUCGGAAGCAAAUAUGAUCUCAUUUUAACCAACUGUUUCCCCAGUCUCAGACAUCUAAUUAUUGACUGCAACAGUAAGUGCUUCAAUAAUGAGCGAAUAGUCAAUAGUGCUUACUACCACGACGAAACACCACAAGACUAUCCCGAUGAUGUUUCUGUGGGUGAUACUUUGGUAGACAGCCCUACCGUACAAGAAUUGGUUGUUCCCCCAGCAACGGCGCCAAUUAUCCUUGCCAUGAAUGGGGGGUACAUCAAGCGAGCUAAUGACAGCAAUGGCAAGAAGCCUGGAAUGAUUCUGGACGCUCAAGAACAGUACUUUAAGACUAUGAGAAUUCCUCCUUUUCAUUAUUUCUUUCACUACUUUAAGAGCCUAUGGGAUCGGCUCCCAACCAAGAAUAUCAAAAUCUCAAUUGUUAAUAUUCCUUUCACAAAUGUAUACCCACUGCAGCCCGACAUAUUUUGGCGACAGAUCGAACUCUAUACCGAUGACGACCUUCAAACUUUAUGCGGUAUUCCGCAUGCCGAAGAGCUUGAUGAGAAUGAACACUAUUGGGACCCAGCUGUUUCGCAGUGCUUCAAAGAUGUAAUGCUGGACACUGAUGCUGAGCCUAAUUAUUCAGAUCACCAACUUUGGAAUAGUUAUCAAAACUCGCGUAUUUUUAGGGACAUCCCUAACGUUAAUUUGUGGCUUUUCUUGAAAUCGCUGUCUAAAUUUAAAUCUGUCGAGAUACAAAUGCUAAGAAAGUGGUUAUUGUGUACCCCACGGUCGAGAUAUGAUUGGGAAAUUUUGUUAAAACCCAUACUAAAUGGUAGAAUUCCAGUAACAGUAAGAGACAACGACGGAUUUAUCUUAUACAAAUAUGGUUCUGGCUAA